UGCGGCCGCUCUUCCGCGCUCCGGGUUCUCCUCGGUGCGGAGCAUUCUUCCCAGUGCGGAGCAUCGUCCUUCUGGGCGCCCGAGCAUCCUGCUCAGAGCUCAGCAUCCUCUUCCCUGUGCAUCCUCCCUUAGUGCAUGCUCGGCAUCUUCCUCAGAGCUCAGCGUCCUCCUUUCGUUCCUCAGCGGCACCCGGGGCCCGGUCCCCACCCGCUCGCACCCCACCCCGCGGGAAGGAGGCCUCGGGAAUGCAGGGGAGUGGCUGUGGGGGCGCGUCGCUCGGCCAGCCCCUCUACCCAAACACGGGCUGCUCCCCAUUGUAGAAGCUGCACCGUGUGUCAGACAGGAGGACGGCGUGCAGCUCCCGGCGCGGGGCUGCUGCGGGGAUCACAGCGUGCUCAAACCCUGGCAUCCUCUUAGGGUGGGGCGGGGAGGGCCCUGGCUUUUGGACAGUGGACCCGGAGGAGGACCAGAGCACGGAAAGGACUCUGUAAGGGGACUCGUGAGAGACUAUGGGGAAGGACCAGGAGCUGCUGGAAGCUGCUCGCACUGGCAAUGUGGCUCUGGUGGAGAAACUCCUAUCUGGCAGGAAAGGAGGGAUCCUGGGCAGUGGAUCCGGACCUCUGCCCCUGUCUAAUCUGCUAAGCAUCUGGCGAGGACCCAAUGUGAACUGCACGGACAGUUCGGGUUACACCGCUUUACACCACGCAGCCUUAAAUGGACAUAAGGACAUAGUUCUUAAGCUCCUUCAGUACGAGGCAUCGACAAACGUCGCGGACAACAAAGGCUACUUCCCCAUCCACCUGGCUGCCUGGAGAGGAGACGUGGAGAUCGUGAAGAUCCUCAUCCAUCAUGGACCGUCCCAUUCCAGAGUCAAUGAACAGAACAAUGAGAACGAAACUGCCCUGCACUGUGCCGCUCAAUAUGGACACUCGGAAGUCGUUGCCGUUCUUCUGGAAGAGCUCACGGACCCCACGAUUAGGAACAGCAAGCUCGAGACCCCGUUGGACUUGGCGGCCCUGUACGGACGACUGAGAGUUGUGAAGAUGAUCAUAACCGCACACCCAAACCUGAUGAGCUGUAACACCCGGAAGCACACGCCGCUUCACCUCGCCGCUCGCAAUGGUCACAAGGCGGUGGUCCAGGUGCUGCUGGAGGCAGGAAUGGAUGUGAGCUGUCAAACAGAAAAGGGGAGCGCUCUCCAUGAGGCGGCUUUGUUUGGGAAGGUGGACGUGGUGCGAGUCCUGUUAGAGACAGGAAUUGAUGCCAACAUCAAGGACAGCUUAGGUAGAACGGUCCUAGACAUUCUGAAAGAGCACCCGUCUCAGAAAUCUCUCCAGAUUGCAACACUCUUGCAAGACUAUCUAGAAGGUGUGGGAAGGACCUCAGUCCUGGAAGAGCAUGCUCAGGAAGAUACGCCGCAAGAGACACACCUUUCGUCUCCCGCCGAGUCUCCUUCCCAAAAGAGUAAAAGUGAAACUGUCACCGGGGAACUAUCGAAACUCCUGGAUGAAAUAAAACUCUGUCAGGAGAAGGAUUAUUCUUUCGAAGAUUUGUGCCAUACGAUUUCAGACCACUACUUAGAUAAUCUGAGCAAGAUUUCAGAGGAAGAACUUGGGAAAAAUGGAAGCCAGAGUGUAAGAACUUCAUCUACAAUAAAUUUGUCACCAGGAGAAGUGGAAGAAGAGGAGGAGGAUCCAAACACUUGUGGGCCCACAGGACUUUGGGAAGCACUAACUCCUUGUAACGGAUGUAGAAACCUUGGCUUCCCCAUGCUUGCACAGGAGUCUUAUCCCAAGAAGAGGAAUUACACCAUGGAAAUCGUACCAUCGGCCACUCUGGACACAUUUCCUUCAGAAAAUGAGAACUUUCUUUGUGAUCUCAUGGACACAGCUGUUACAAAGAAACCUUGCUCCCUAGAAAUCGCAAGGGCACCUUCUCCGAGAGCUGAUAAUGCCUCUGAGGUAGCAAUUACUGCUCCGGGAACUGGUCACCAUAGAAGCAGCUCUACAGGCCCAACACCUGACUGCUCACCCCCAUCCCCCGACACUGCCCUGAAGAACAUAGUAAAAGUUAUCCGACCGCAGCCAAAACAACGAACAUCUAUUGUGUCUUCUCUGGAUUUCCAGCGAAUGAAUCAUAACCAAGAAUAUUUUGAAAUCAGCACGUCUACAGGGUGCGCCAGCUUUCCUUCCAGCCCUCCAGUUAGUCCGCCCACCUCUUCCGUGGGAACCACAGAAGUCAAGAACGAGGGAGCUGAGCACACAGAUGACCUCUCUCAACGGGAAGAUGACGAUCCGCCAAAAGAAUAUGAUGCCGGGCAGUUCGCAGGCCUUCUCCACGGAUCCUCUCCAGCCUGUGAGUCCCCUGAAAACCCUUUCCAUCUGUAUGGGAAAAGAAAUCCGUGCGAAGAUGGGCAAGAUGAAGCCAGUCUGGCAAGCAGUCCUUUGCCUUUCAAACCGACUCCCGUAGACAGUAACUCAGAGCCGGUGGUAAAGAAGAUUAAACCCAAAGUGGUCAGUAGAACAAUUUUCCACAAAAGAAGCCACCAACUCGAGAACCAUACCAUCGUUGGAACAAGAACGUCUCGGAGCGGAUCCCGCAGCGGUGACCAAUGGGGUGCGAGUACAGGGGGCUUUGUGGAGAGAGCAUGUACUCUGGGGAGAAUACGGUCAUUGCCUAAAGCCCUGCUCGACAUGCACUUAUCCAAAAAUGUCUCUAAAUCCGACUCUGAUCUUAUCGCCUACCCUUCCAAGGACAAAGCGAGGGUUAACUGGAGUGAGUCGUCCACGGCUGAACGCAGUUCUAAAGAUAAUUCUGAAAGGACGCCUUCGUUCACAUCCGAAUGGGAAGAAAUCGACAAAAUAAUGAACUCCAUUGAUGUUGGAAUCACAACAGUCAACAGUGAACUUGAAGAGAUGAAUGGACCCAGAUGCCCUGUCCAAACAGUGGGACAAUGGUUGGAAAGCAUUGGGCUCCCUCAGUACGAGAACCACCUGAUGGCUAAUGGAUUUGACAAUGUACAGUUUAUGGGAAGCAAUGUUAUGGAAGAUCAGGAUUUGUUGGAAAUUGGUAUCCUUAAUUCUGGACACAGACAGAGAAUCCUACAGGCGAUCCAGCUCCUUCCAAAGAUGAGACCCAUUGGCCAUGAUGGCUACCAUCCCACCUCUGUCGCUGAGUGGCUGGAUUCCAUCGAGCUGGGGGACUACACCAAAGCCUUUCUCAUCAAUGGCUACACAUCGAUGGACCUGUUGAAAAAAAUCUGGGAGGUUGAACUUAUCAAUGUUUUAAAGAUCAGUUUGAUCGGCCACAGAAAACGCAUUUUGGCAUCUCUGGGAGACAGGCUGCAUGAGGAACCCCCACAGAAGCCCCCUCGCUCCAUCACCCUCAGGGAAGCCAGUGGUAACCACACUCCUCCUCAGUUGUCUCCAUCACUUAGCCAAAGCACUUACACCACUGGCGGCUCCCUAGACGUCCCUCACAUUAUCAUGCAGGGCGAUGCAAGGCGGAGAAGAACCGAGAACUACUUCGAUGAUAUCCCCCGGUCAAAGCUGGAGAGGCAGAUGGCUCAGCAGUCGUCUGUCUGUGAAAUAUGGACGAAUCAGAACGCUGGAUUUCCUUUCUCAGCGAUCCAUCAGGUUCAUAAUACAGGGGACUGGGGAGAACCGUCUAUCACUUUGCGACCUCCAAAUGAAGCCACAGCCUCAACUCCGGUCCAGUACUGGCAGCACCAUCCAGAGAAGCUCAUCUUCCAGUCCUGUGACUACAAAGCGUUUUAUUUAGGUUCUAUGCUGAUAAAAGAGCUUAGGGGGACAGAGUCAACCCAAGAUGCCUGCGCAAAGAUGCGGGCCAACUGUCAGAAGUCUACAGAGCAAAUGAAGAAAGUCCCCACUAUCAUUCUUUCAGUCUCAUAUAAAGGAGUCAAGUUUAUUGAUGCCACAAAUAAGAACAUCAUUGCUGAACAUGAAAUUCGUAAUAUCUCCUGCGCCGCCCAGGACCCAGAAGACCUCUCGACGUUCGCUUAUAUCACGAAAGAUCUGAAGUCCAACCACCAUUACUGCCACGUGUUUACUGCCUUUGAUGUGAAUUUAGCCUAUGAAAUCAUUCUAACCCUGGGACAGGCAUUCGAGGUCGCUUACCAGCUAGCUCUACAAGCAAGAAAAGGGGGGCAUUCCUCCACGCUUCCGGAAAGCUUUGAAAACAAGCCCUCCAAACCCAUCCCCAAGCCCCGCGUUAGCAUCCGCAAGUCAGUGCAGAUGGACCCUUCUGAGCAAAAGACUCUGGCCAAUCUGCCGUGGAUUGUGGAGCCGGGGCAAGAAGCCAAGAGGGCCAUUAAUACCAAGUAUGAAACCACGAUUUUCUGAUACUCGCCGCCCCGUCCUCGCGGUGCCUUGCUCGCCAAGCAGUCCCCGCAGCAGGCUUUCCUUCGCGCCUCCGUGUCCACCCGCCCGGGAGGAAGACUGCUCAGUUCGCGUGGCCUCGUCACGGGCGGAAAGGCCGCCGGCCAUCCCUAGGGAGCUUUCUGCCAGCGAGACUUUGUCGCCCCUAGAGGCGCGGGGCUUGGGGGGGCUGCGCGGGGCGCCCCAACUCCGCUACCACCGCCUCCGAGGUACUGCUCGACCGCCCCGUACUUGCUUUGCUUUAGUUGGGGAGAAAAUCUUUUUAAAAGUGAUGGAGGGGGUCUCCAGUACUGCCUAAAAGUCUACAAACAUCUUGGGGUUUAAGUUUUCACCGUCAGCCGUUUUGAAGGGAAAGUCAGGACAGUACUAGCGCCCCCCCCAAAAGCAUCUGUAAAAUCAUUGUUAUCACCGAGUGCAGUCUCAUGCAAAAAGACAAAGCAACCCUCAUGAUUGCCAGGAAAUUCCGUCUCCCGAUUUCUAUAUUUGUGGAUUUUAUAUGUAAUCGACUAGGUCAGAUAAAGGAAACCUUUAUUGAAUGAUUCAAAAAUUUAAAAGUGAUUUAAAACAGAGGAAUUUAUUAUGCACAGAAAAAAAUGUGUCUUGUAUUAAAUAUUUUUAUUAAAAGAAUGUUUCAUUAAUGCAUUCAUAACACUGCACUUGCUGUGCGGGAUGUUUCUGGUUUCAAGUGACUCCGUCUCCACGGCACGAGGAUCGGCUCAGUUGUGACAACCUCUGACGCUGUCCCGAAGGCAGGAGAUCGGGCUCGCGCCCGCUCGGGGUGACCCGAAGUGCUGACGCAGCCAGAGCCCGCACGAGUGGUUUUUAGGGAUUUUUUUUUUUUAACCUUCGAAGUGUUUUAAAGAACAUGUUUAACAAAAAAAUAUAUAUAUAAUCUAGGGCUCCUGCUGUCAAGAUUUCUGUCAUGGAAACCUUGUUUGAGAAUGGUGUUAAUAAAAUUCUAUUGCAAAUUUUUUUCUAGAAAAAAAAAUAAAUAACACAAAAAAAGAAGAAAUUCCAAAGUAAUAAAGACUUUUCUUGAAACAGAUUAAAAAAUGUUUGCUUACUAUUUGAUUAAAUUUACUUACGUUUCUUUAAGGUAUUUUAAUUUUUUUAAUGUCUCUGUGGAGUAUUUGUAUGAUACCAUAAUGUAUAUUUCUGUAGAAUCAAAUUAUAUAAACAGUACCAAUAUCAUUAUAGAAAAAUAACAUUUUAAUGUAUAUUGUUCUAACCGAUCAUAUUGUGACUCAUUUUGAAGUUCAUUAUAGCGAUAUUGAUAAAUUGUGAACUUGUCUUAAUGUUUUUUUAUUAACCAAUAUUAUUUUAAACCUGAGAUUAUCACAUUCAUCAGUUGGUGAGUUUUGAAGAAAAAAAAAAACCUAAAUUUCAUUUCCACUGACAAAUGUAUAUGGUUUUAGUUCAGUGUCGGAGAAUUUUAAUACAAUAUUAAAUUACUUGAACUGAAUAGUUCCUUGUAUAUAUUUUGCCUAUUCACUGUUGAUAUGUAUGUAGUAAACCGAGAGGAAAAUAACACUAAAAUAUGGUACCAAAAGGAAAUUGUAUAGGAGCGAAGCAGCCUGUGGCUUUGCCGAAACACAUUCGUGUGUGUAAAUAAGCUUGGGCUUCCAGUUAUAAAUUUUGUAAUUUUUGUCAUUAUUUAUAUCCUAUUUUAAAAAAAAAAAGCACACAAAAUAAAACAGAAGUACAGUGACUGGUGCUUGGCAUCAUUCCGUGAGCACCCCCACAACACACUCCACUGAGGAGGGGGACCAAAGGCCCCGCCCUCUGAGCAGCCACAGUAAAGAUUUUUCUUUUCUUUUCUUUCUUUUUUUUUUAACAAUUGGCACCAUCACUGAGAAAAACUUGCUCAUUUCCAAGUUCACACAGUCUGAAAAAGAAACACUAUCUUCUGGAGCUUGAAUUUCAGCCAUAAGCCAACACUGAAAAGUGGCAGAUAAGGAGGGAUUGGUUAAGACAGACAUGUCAAAGACAGAGGGGACUCCCCCGCCCCGAGAAUGGACUGCUUACAUAGCACAAUGUAGGUGGCCUGCUUGGGAGCGUAUCCACGAUACAUCCUAUACAUCCACUAGGGAACGUAUCCACGAUACAUCCUAUACAUCCACUAGACACCUAUGCCCCUGCUGUAAAGUGGGUGAUGAGCCAGUCAGAGGCACGCUGUAAUCACCAGGCUGCAUGUCCUCUGACCUUCGGGUCACCCACUGCCCAGCCCAUGACUGCUCCCCUUGGAAACCCAAAGCAGUCUUAGGGUGUUCUCUGCCUGUCAUGCAGAGGCCUGGAGCUUUGAACCCAAGAGAACUACACUAGGGAAAACCGGGCUGAAAGAGACCCUGGGGCACGUCUCUCCUGAAGGAGGCUGCAGGCUGGGAGUGUCCACGGAGGCUUCCGCUGGGCUGGUUUGCUCCCUUAUGACCUUGACUUUUCUCCAGUCCUCUUAAAGACCAUCUCUGUUCAUCACAUGUGUCUUUGUGUCCACGGUGGUUCCGGCAUGAAGUACAUGGCACACUCCCGUCUGGAGGAAUUCAGAGAGAUAUGGCUUGCAUAGAGGGGUGAUGGGAUAGACUCCUUGUACCGGUGCCACUUGAAGGGGCAAUAAGGACAGAGAAAGCUUUGUGGCAGGGUUAGCACCUCCAGACUGGGGGGACACACAGUUGUAGUGACCCUCAGGAAGGAAGGUAGGGGUGACCCUGAUCCCCCUGUCCAUUCUUCACCCCUCCACCUGCAUGACACAAACCCACUGAAGGUCGGGGCCCAAGAGCAGCCCGUGACCAGAGCAGGGCAGGGAAUGAAAGGGGCACUGCCUGGGGCGGAAAAGCCAGCUCAGGCAUGGGAGAUAGGAUGUGUAGCUGAUUUUUUUUUAUUUAAGGGAAACCUGAUAUUUGAUAAAUUCAGUAACCAGAAGGUAAAAGUGACAGCCCUUAAAUGCUAACAUUAAUCAAAAGAGAACUUAAACGCUCUCUUUAUAGAAGGACUUGAAUUCAAUUGAUCCAUUUAAUGUUUUUCUUAUUAAAUGGUGUUCUGUAAUAAAUCUGAAUGACUGAACCGUAUGAAAAUUAUGCUCGGCCUGUUAAUAAAUGAUGAAAGUGGUUUUCCUCAAGCUGGCCUGCUUGGAAAUGUCGCCAGCCUAUUUGAUGUUUGGAUAAAUGGAAUAAAAGUUCAAGCUUAAAGGGUGUGUGGCUACACUUGAAAAUCAGUGAAAAUUUGCACUUGGACCCCAAGUAAUGUUACUCCUAUUCCUACAAAGAACUGAAAAUCUGAGGAGUCGUCUGGCUUCCAGUGAGCUAGGAUGUAAUGUCUGUGUUCAGAAAUAUAUAUGAAUAAAGCAAAGCCUCUUUACUGACAUUA